ACUAAUUAUUAUCUCAGAUAUUUGUGAUACAUCUACAAAUAUUUUGGGACUACAUUUUAAUGUCUUAAUGCCAGGCUAUCAGGGGCCUGUUACUUUCGACAUGAGGAGUAUGAGCAUAUUAACAGGAGCUUCCCUUCGAAAAUAACGACGGAAAUACGAUCACUUUGUGAAUUUUCUUGUUAUCCCAUGAUCGAUGAGACUGCCCUUCACAAUACUGGACUGGUCGGUGAAAUUUAUUUCAGUGUCGAGAUCAAAAUCAACGAGCGUAAAACUGACCGAACGUCUUUUAGCCAUUUAGUUGGUACCUCUUAAUUGCAGCGAUAUAUCAUGUAUGGCAUCCAGCGACACCAAGGCUACCGUAUAUCCAUGGCCGGAUGCGUGGCGUCGACUGAAUUAAUGGGCUUUGGCCGGCAAUACCUAACGUGACCAUGGGAGCCUUCAGCCGCUGUUAUUACGCAUGCAAACAAAGAAAUAAGACAAGUACUUAGAAAAGCAAUUAGGACUCUGCCAAUCUAUUACAACUCGGAUACACCUCUACAUAAAUCAUGAACACUCAGCCAAUCAAAGGCUACGGUUCGUUACUGGGAGAAACACUUACUAAUCACAAGCCCCACGUGCGGAAUGACGUAUUAACUUCGAUAACCAAUCAGAUAUUUACACAUCACCUACCGGAAUCCAUUCCUUGCCAAGCUAUUCCAAAUUCCAACACCGCCAGAUCUCUAUCGAGCUAUCAAGAAUUGGUUUUCAGAAGACAGCUAUAGUACUCAAGCAGUAUUAGGCCUAUGGUUGUAUUUUCGGUCAUACAACAAUCAGUUGCGACAAAUCGUUAGACGUGUUCCCAGUGAUUUAAACUACCUGGCGAGCAUUACAAAACUAGUUUAUAUCAUCGUCAAGUCCUCUGUGAACGGAAACAAUGGCGAAACAGAUCUUUAGUUUGGAAUUGGUAAACGUAAUAUACAUCAUUUGCCAGGGAGCUACCCUGACUGUCUCUGGAUUGAAAACCUUAUCUUAUACUCGGACAAUAAGGUUUAAUGCCGCUGAAAAUCGCGCCCUAAAGGAGUCUGCAUAUGCAACCGCAAUUGUGAGAUCUCGUGUCAUCUGUGGACGGGAAUGCAGCAUGGAUGAACGUUGCAAGUCGUUUAACUUUGACGACUGCAGUAAACUGUGCGAGUUGAACCUUGCUACAAGACGAGAGCAUCCCGAAGACUUCAAUGCAACUCAAGGGAGUGUGUACUUUGAUGCAGAUGAGGACACACCUCUCUGCUCACUGACUGAUAUCCCCAUGAAUCGCUACAAAAGUUGCAAGAUGCUCUUAGAUGCCGGUUAUUGUUCAAGCGGUAUCUACACAAUCUACCUAGAGGGAGUCGAUAAUGGUAGUUUACUUGUCUACUGUGACAUGGAAACUGACGGCGGGGGAUGGAUCGUGUUUCAGAGGCGACAAGAUGGCAGCGUGGACUUCUACCGCAACUGGGCCGAGUACCAGUCUGGCUUUGGCGAUCUGUCCGGUGAGUUCUGGUUGGGCAACGACAACUUCGUGAAUCUGACUUCGGAGGACUCACGUGGAACAUGGGAGCUACGAGUUGACAUAGAGGACUGGGAGGGCAACACGGCAUGGGCAAAGUACUCGGAUUUCCAAAUAUCCCCGGGUGAGUACAUUCUGACUAUUGGCCAAUACGAUGCCAGCAGCACUGCCGGUGACUCUCUUGGGUACCACAGAGGAACUCCCUUCACAACAAAGGAUCGUGACAAUGAUGCGAAUGGGAAUAAUUGUGCCAAUUUCAACUCAGGAGCCUGGUGGUUUAGGAAUUGUUUUUCCUCUCACUUGAAUGGUAAAUAUUACCCAGAUAAUAAUGAAGGUGGAAACACAGGCGUGCAGUGGCGUUCAUGGAAGGAUUCUUAUUCUAUGAAAGCAUGUAGCAUGAAAAUGCGCGAAAUUGCACCACCAAUAUAAAUUUCAUAGUAAUUGUUUUAAUGUAAAUCAAUGAUGAUUGUACAGUCACCAUCAUCUUUCACCAUUUCUGUAAUAAAUUUGCAUUACUUGAUUGGUUAAUAAUCUGUUCAAAAACAGUUGUAUUAAAUGAAAGUGCACGUGCACUAGCGGUGCCGUACAUCUCUCUUCGGAUUGUUCCGCCUCUCACUUGAAUUGUCGAUAUUACCCAGAUGAGAAUGCAGGUAGUAACAAGGGCGUGCUAUGGUGUUCAUGGAAAUCCUGUCGUUAUUCUCUGAAAGCAUGUAACAUGAAAAUCCUUGAAAUUCGACCAUAAAUAUAAUUGUCGUGAUACAUUUGUUAAAGUAGCCCAUGUAAAUUAUGGAUGAUUGUAAAGUUAUGAUAAUCUAUAACCAUUUCGCUCCUUUUUGGCAUCACUUAAUUGGUUUGCAUACGAGCUGUUUAUCUGUUAAAAAAUUGUUAUUAAAUGAAAGUGCACGUGUACAGUCAUGUGCAUAACGGAAGGAAAUAACAUUUUCUCACUUUAAAAACGCAUCCAAAUACCUGUGAUCUGUCUGUGAACAUCGUUUUUGGCUUAGCUGCAAUUAGGCCAAUCGAUUUGUUUACUUUUGUUUUCUUUUGUUUACUUUUCCUACACCAUAGCAACCAUCAGCUGAUAAAAGAGAGUUUAGGACUCAACUGUGCCUUUGUGGAGAACAUUUUAUCUUUCAGUGAUAAAAUGAAUUAUAUCUGCUGGACUAUGACGGAUCAUGGUGGACAAUGU